UCUUGUGCUGAGCAGAAGAAGAACCAGUUACUUGUAUUCUAUUCCAAUCAUGUUACACGUCUUCCAACUCAUAUGUUUGGCCUCGUUUUUGUUGAGCGUUGACAGUUAUCCUAACCCUACUGGAGCGAGCAUCGAUUCUGCUUGCUCAGAACUUAUGCCAAUUCAUGGUUAUGCUGCACAAACCACUCAACCACCAUACAAUAUUGCAUUUAACCCAUCAAAUUUUGCACCUGGUCAAUCUGUAACAGUAACGCUAACGUCACAAGGUACAGGUUUCAAAGGUUUCAUGAUCCAGGCACGAAGAGCUAACAUUUCUCAAAAUCAAGAAUAUUUGGGCUCUUUUUCUGUUGUAGCAAACACAAUUCAAGCUUGUGCUGGGAAAGCUUUAGUGCAUUCAAGUAAUACAGUUAAACAGAGUUUAGCGUUCAACUGGACAGCACCAGUGACAUCAGUCGGGGAUGUUAGCUUCAGAGUUACUUUUGUCCAGGGUAAAACAAUGUUCUGGACAAAAAUAGUUUCCAAUGUUUUAAUGGAAUCAGUAAUCACAACAUCAACAGUAAGUACAACACCAACAGUAAUCACAACAUCAACAGUAAGUACAACAUCAACAGUAUCUACAAAAUCAACAGUAGCUACGACAUCAACAGUAACUACUACAUCAACAAAAAUUACCACGGUGAAAACCGGCAGCGGUAGUGUACCAUUAGUUUCUUCGGACAUGAUUGUGAUAGCAGGUCUGUUGUUAGCCUAUACGUUGAUACGCGAUUAAAUCUGUAGAUAUGUGGAAACAAAAGGACUGGAUCUCCUGGUCAUAGCUCAAAGAUAUCGGGAGAAUAAGGAAUAGAAUUUUAAAAGUGUGCAACUGAAAGGACUGGAAAAGACGAUGGCUAUAUGAGACACCACAACUGAAGAAAGUUAGAUUUUAAAAAAAUCAUGGUUUUGUUAUCAUUUUAGAAUAAACAAAAUUGAAAUAACGUUUGUA